AUGGCUCCUAAAGAGCUGGAUGGAGGCUGGGGAUGGGUCAUCGUGGCAGCUUCUUUCAUGGCGCAGCUCCUGGCCUACGGGUCACCGCAGUCCGUGGGGGUGUUGUACCCCGAGUGGCUCCACACCUUCCAGGAGGGCAAGGGCAUGACUGCAUGGGUGGGCUCCAUGGUAGCAGGAGUGGGACUUAUUGCCAGCCCAGUCUGCAGUGUUUGUGUGGAGAACUUUGGAGCCCGUCCAGUGACUGUGUUCAGUGGUGUGAUGGUGGCCGGAGGACUGAUGCUGAGCGCAUUCGCUCCCAAUGUCCAAUUUCUUAUAUUUUCAUACGGCAUUGUUGUAGGCCUGGGCUGUGGUCUGGUCUAUGCUGCUACAUUAACAAUCACAUGUCAGUAUUUCGACAAGAGGCGUGGCCUGGCGCUCGGCAUUGUCACCACAGGGACCAGUGUCGGUGCAUUCAUUUAUGCCACUGCACAAAAUGAGUUGAUGGUGCUGUUUGGUUUGGAUGGCUGCCUGCUCAUCAUCGGUGCCGUUGCUCUGAACCUCAUGGCUUGUGCAGGCUUCAUGAGGCCGCUCAACAUGCCCGGCUACUACCUCAAACAGAAGGCAGCACUGGAGCGCAACAGUGGGGAGCAACUUUUGGAGAAGUCUCCUCUGGAGGAUAUGAAAAUCAUGACUGGUUCCUCCACAACCACCACACCGACAGUGAAGGAGCUGCUCAUAUCCAUAGACUCGAAGGACUUAAAUGCCCAAACAGAGACAAAGAAAGGCUCUUGCCUCUCAGGCGUGGUUAUAAUGACAAUAAUUAAAAAGAAGCAACAGGCGUACUCUAAGUAUAUUUACUCCAUGUAUGAAAUACUACAGGACCAAGCCAUGGUGGCCUUUUGUAUUGCAUUAUUCCUAUUCAGUCUUGGGGCAUUUCCACCUGUGAUGUUUAUCGAAGAUGUUGCCCAAAGUCAGGGACUGAUUGAAGAAGUUAGUCUCAUUCCCCUGGUUUCAAUAGGGGCUAUUGCCACCUGUGUGGGUAAACUAGUGUUAGGAAUGCUGGUUGACUUCAAAUGGAUCAACAGCAUCUAUCUGUAUGGCUUCACCAUGUUUGCUGGAGGAUUUAUACUGUUCCUCAUCCCCAUCACAAAGAGUUAUCUGGGCCUGCAGAUACUCAUUGCAGUGCUUGGCUUCUUCUCUGGAAACUGGUCCCUCACCUCCUACAUUACCACUAAAAUCGUGGGCUUGGACAGACUGACACAAGCUCAUGGCAUCCUCAUGUCUUUUGGUGGCUUUGGGAUCAUGCUGGGACCCCCUGUUGUAGGUUGGUUUUUUGACUGGACACAGUCCUAUGAUUUGGCAUUUUAUUUCUGUGGAACCUGUGUGAUCCUUGGUGCCUUUAUUUUAUUUAUUCUCACCCUUCCCUGCUGGAACAGGAAAAAUGUUGAGAAAGCCAAGCCCGAGAUUUAG